CGCCUCAAUUUUGUUUCGACGUCCGCCCAGUGAACAGCUCAGUUGCGCGCGCGUUCCGUUUUUUCGCGGUCUCUCGAUUUCUUUUCCUUUUGCGUUUCGUUUCAGUUUUGUUCGUUCGUUUUGUCGGUUUGUUCGAUUGUUUUCCAUUAAUUUCCACACUUGCGUUUGCUUAGUUUUGUUUGAGCUAAUUUAAAGAAGGAUUUUUUUGCGCUGGAAUUUCCUUUCCGCGUGUGAAUCACAAACCGGAAGUCUGAGACAUCUGACGAUUGAUGAAAAACAGCCAACGGCAGGAACCAGAAAAUCGUGGUGGGUUACAAGUUUCAGACAAACGGAGAGUUUGCUUUAACAGUUUGCAGAAAAGUCCAAAAAUAACGAAGUGAAUUACCGCAUUUCCCUGGAAUUGGAGUUUGUUUAAUUUGCGUUGCGGUGUUCUUCAAUGGAAAGUGUUCCUGGGAAAAUCCAAGUUGUUCAGUGAUGUUAUGUAAACUGAAAGUUCAACUCGUGCCUGUCAAAGUUUGAUAAAAGAAGCAAAAGUUGAAGCCGACACCGAAAAGAGUGAGAAAUUAGUGCAAAUAAUAUUUAAAAUAGAGCAAGAGAAAUAGAGAGAGAGCCAACAUCAGCGCAACGAUAAGUUGGAAUAUUCAACGUUUGGCUAAAAAUAGCCCUAUUUAUAACUUUUGUUUGAGACUUGUUUAUUAUUGUAGAUAAGAGAUUUCCUCAUUUGAAUUGCAGAGCACCAUCGUGCAGGGACCGUUCCAAAGGCGUCACCUUUUUCCGUUUCUCGCGGCAUGCGGAAAGACUCCGAAACGAAUAUCAUCAGUAUUACUAUAGUAUAAGUCCAAAGGAAACGCGAACUUAGAAGUCAAAAACGUAUAAAAAAAACUACAUUGGAGAAAUCCAAUAAAUCCUGGAAGAACUGUUACGAGAAUAAGGACGACGAUAAGAGCCAAAUCGAGACUACUUUUUACUAAUAGUGCUUAUACACACUCACCAGAUACCAGAAACGUACUUCCAAAGCGAUUAUAUAACGUUCGUCACUUUUUACAAGUGUCGAAGGAAUAGCAAAAGAGGAACUUUUAAUAGCUCAUAGUCUACUAUAGCGACGAGGUUACGAGAGGAGAAACUAGGCAAAAUUACUAUUACGGCGACGACGACGACGACUACGGCUACGGUAGAGGGCAGCAGCGAGCCGGAGACGAAGGCAAAGACUGUCAUGAUGACGAACGGAAUUUCGGCAGACAACCAACAGAACGGCGGCAGCCAGGAGGAUUCCAAGACCAAUUUGAUUGUCAAUUAUCUGCCCCAGCAGAUGACCCAGGAGGAGAUACGCUCGCUCUUCUCCAGCAUCGGUGAGGUGGAGAGCUGCAAGCUGAUCAGGGACAAAGUUACGGGUCAAAGCUUGGGUUACGGAUUCGUUAACUACCAGAGGGUGGAGGAUGCGAGCAAAGCGAUCAACACACUCAACGGCCUAAGGUUACAAAACAAGCAAAUCAAGGUAUCAUUUGCACGACCAAGUUCCGAGGCAAUAAAGGGAGCGAACCUGUACGUGUCCGGCUUACCGAAGAACAUGCUGCAAGCGGAUCUGGAAUCGCUGUUCAGCCCGUACGGACGCAUCAUCACCUCCCGCAUACUGUGUGACAAUAUUACAGCACGUCAGUAUUCUUCCUCUUCCGGAGAAACGUCACCUGGUCUUUCCAAGGGCGUCGGCUUCAUCCGGUUCGAUCAGCGCGUGGAAGCCGAGAAGGCCAUCAAAGAGCUGAACGGCACGAUACCGAAGGGAUCCACCGAACCAAUCACGGUGAAGUUCGCCAACAACCCGAGCAAUACGAAAACCGUUCCGCCGCUGGCAGCCUACCUGGGACCACAGGCAGCCCGACGAUUCCCCGGUCCGAUCCAUCAUCCGACGGGACGAUUCAGUGCCAUUCCGAACUACAGAUACUCUCCGCUAGCGGGUGAUUUGCUGGCUAACACGAUGAUUCCGACCAAUGCGAUUGCAAACGGGUCCGGAUGGUGCAUUUUCGUGUACAAUCUGGCACCGGAAACGGAGGAGAAUGUGCUGUGGCAGCUGUUUGGUCCGUUCGGAGCGGUGCAAUCGGUCAAGGUCAUCAAGGAUCUCCAGACGAACAAGUGCAAAGGCUUCGGCUUCGUCACGAUGACCAACUACGACGAAGCGGUCGUAGCGAUUCAGUCACUGAACGGGUACACGCUCGGCAAUCGGGUGCUCCAGGUUAGCUUCAAAACCAACAAGUCCAAGAACUCGUAAGGUGCUCAAGCUCUACCCGGUGGAAAUGUAUGAUCGCCCCACUACCCCGUUACCAACAACCGCCAGGAUGGGAAGGUGAACGAACUUUUGGGUUUGAUUUGAUUUUUAGUUUCGAUAAGACGAUGCUUUAUAGAGUUACGAUCACUAAGCUUAAGAACGUGGAACGCAAAUUGUCAGUAUUUCGACCUAGACGCUCGGACCGGAAAGUAAGUUCUUCCAGAAAGUGAUUCAAACAGAGAGAUUAUUUGGUGAAAAGAAUCCUCCAAAAUAUACACACAUAUUAAUAGCUGAUAGACGUAGUUGUGGGUUCCAGGAUUGUGACAAAACCACAACUAAACAAGGUCAACGAACGUGAAGAUCGAGCUUGAUCAUGGGAUCAAGUGUAAAACAAUUCCAAGAUUUUUUUUGUUGACGCGGAACUAAACCUGCGGAUCAAUUGGUGGGAGCGUUUUGGCUCCACCAUCAAGAGGCUCCAUUUUACAACCGUGUUUAGGGACAAGAGUUUUAAUAGGAGAAUCUUUUUGCUAGAUAAAUUUAGUCACACGUGACCGGUAUGCAUGGAAAAGUAGGGAAAUUUUAUACAAGCUGAGAUAGGAGAGCACGAAAGUGGGAUACUUCUGAUGCGAUAGUGCUGCUCUUUGAAACUAUUGAGUUUGUUUUGUCUUGCUUGACCUUUGAGUUUUUCCAACAUGAUUUCGUUGAGUUCAAUUUCGAUGAUUUUUUCCUACUGCAAUGCCUAUGUUUCCGUUCUUUUGCUUUGCACUUUGGAGGAUUUCUUUUUGUGUGUACAUUACUUAUUACUGACGCAAUUGUAACAACCGUUUAUUUUAAUUUGUUUAUUGAUAAGUUUGUAUUCUAAGUUGUAUGAUUUUAUAUUGGACAUUUGGUUUUAAGAAUAAAAAUGCAAUAAACAUCCAACAGUCAUCUUGAAAGAGUUGCCAUUUUGCACCCAAACCUGAGUCUUAACUAAGUCAAGAGCAUGACCAUUAAUGGUCGUCAGUGCUACAAGGAAUCCGUUUCUAGUCCAUUUUAUUUCGAUGACGGAGUUAUAAAUACGUGUUAACAUAUUUAAUCAAACUUAUUUGUGUAUCUCUGUGUUUGUAUAAUUCAACUAUUCGGAUAAUUGUAUAUUUUUUAAGUCAUAUUUAUUUGUCAGUUCUAUUCAACAUGAUUGUUUAUAUUCAGUGUAGCGUAGUUAUAUUUUAAUGGUUUCAGGACGUUAUCAUGCGAUCCGAGGCAAAUAUUUAUUGGAAAUGAGUUAAUUAUUAUCGUUAUCAUCAUCAGUUUUCUAAAGUUUUGGUUUCCAUAUGCACUAUCUGUAUUGUGAAAUGAACAAAGAAGAAUGAGUAAAAUGAGUUAUUUAAAAUUUA